AAUUUUGUAUUACUUCUUAAAAAUUUGUUCUGGAUUCUCAUAUGACGUGCUCUAUCUCCGGCUUAGAUACUACCGCGCUCCUGAAGUGAUACUCGGUAUGGGUUACUCAGAGAAUGUGGAUAUAUGGUCUGUCGGCUGCAUUUUUGCCGAGAUGGUUCUUGAGAGGAUUAUGUUUCCUGGUUACGACCACAUCGAUCAAUGGACUAAGAUUACUGAGGAGCUGGGCACUCCGAGUGCAGAGUUUAUGGACAGAUUAGACCUUCCAGUGCGCAAUUACGUUAUGUCAAGACCUCGCAACCCGCCCCGCCCCUUCAUUGACCUCUUUCCUGACGAUCGAUUUCCCCUGGCUAGUCCAAAUUUCAACCAUAACCUAGUUCCGCUUAAUUUCAGCACUAAUCCCUAA